AUCUCACCGUGCACAGGUCUGCCUCAGUCUCACUAGCCCUCCAUAGACCGAGAACGGUACCGUCAGCCCCCGCACACAGAGCUAUAAACACAGAGGGCUCUAAGGGGCAGGGCAUGUGCUUUCUGUAAUGAGGACCAGCUAAUAAUCUACCAUCAUGUCACUGCGGCACUAAACGGCAGGAUGCGGGCUUCCCAUUAGACACACAACCUCUCUCUGUUUGCAAAGAGAGAGAUCCCUUUAAUCUGGAUUUGCACAGAUCAUCAUGCCUCCGUCGAUUCUCCUCGGUCUUUUCUCAGGGUGGAGUGGCUCUACGUGAGAACAGAUGUAAUGCACCUUGCAAGUAGCUGCAGCCUUGCUUGAGGGACUCUGCAGAGUAAGGUAGUGAAAUCUCUUCCUCUUCCUCCUCCACGCCCUGUCAUUAUCAUCAAUAGCUGCCCAGGCAACCAUGUCCCCCCCAGCAUCGGCUGCGACAGCGAGUGAAAGCAGUACCACCACCGUUUUCGAGGAGGACACCAGAGAGGAGCAAAGACCCCUCAAGCAAUCUCUGAGCAAGUCGCUCUGCCGUGAGAGUUUUUGGAAAUGUCUGCUCCUGUCUGUUCUCAUGUACGGCUGUAUGGGAGCCAUGGUUUGGUGUCAUGUCACCAAGGUGACCCGCUUCACCUUUGACAGGAAAUCUAUGAUGUACCAUGACAGCCCAUGCUCCGACGGCUAUAUCUACAUCCCUCUGGCCUUACUGGGCAUGCUCUACUUGGUCUAUCUUGUGGAGUGCUGGCACUGUCAUGUGAAGAACGAGCUGCAGCACAAAGUGGACGUGGAGGGCAUCUACGAGCGCAUCCAAAGAAUGCAGCAAGCCAAACCGUGCAUCUGGUGGAAGGCCAUCAGCUAUCACUAUGUUCGCCGAACACGACAAGUCACACGCUACCGCAAUGGAGACGCUUACACAAGCACCCAGGUUUACCAUGAACGCGUCAACACCCAUGUGGCAGAGGCUGAGUUUGACUACAGUCACUGUGGUGUGAAGGAUGUUUCAAAGCAGCUGCUGGGCCUGGAGAAGUGCGCACUCACAAAGAUGCGCUUCACCAAGUGCUUCAGUUUUGCUAACGUAGAGUCUGAGAAUUCCUACCUGACACAACGAGCAAGGUUUUUCACUGACAACGAGGGCCUGGAUGACUACAUGGAGGCCAGGGAGGGCAUGCACCUAAAGAACAUUGACCUGAAGGAGUAUGUCAUGGUGAUGUCAGACCCAGAGCGACACCCCUGGUAUCUGUCCCACUAUGUCUUCUGGUUUUCCUCGUUCCUCACCUUCUCCUGGCCUCUCAGAGUCUUCACAGAGUAUCAUACUGCAUAUGUCCACUAUCGGGUAGAGAAGCUCUUUGGGCACGAUUACCUCCCUGUGACUCCAUGUGAAGAUCGGCCAUAUUGGCGGCGUAUUCCCCGUGUUAACACCAUUGACAGUACAGAGCUGGAAUGGCACAUUCGGUCCAACCAGCAGCUGGUGCCCAGUUACUCAGAGGCUGGCCUGAUGGAUCUGGCUCAGUGCCCGUCCAAUUUCAGUGGGAUACGUCAGAAUUGUGAGCGCUGCCACAGAGCCAUCAGCUGCUCCUCCGUGUUUUCCAGGAGCGCCCUCAGCAUCUGCACUGGUGCCAGCUCCCGCAUCCCCUUCAGUGGCAGCCGCUUCUCCUUGGCACGGCGCUACGGCUCCCAGCGCAGCUUUUUCUGGAGGAGCGGCAGCUUGGAUGACCAGGAGAGUCCCAGCGAAAACACCCGCUGCCUGUCAGAGCGCCUCACCACAGAUGAAGAGGAACCGCCAGACUAUGAGGAUGCACUUUGCUACCCGGUGCUCAUUGUGCACUGCAGCGAGAAUUGCCACAACCACAGAUCGUUCCACAGAAAUGGCUCCUGUGUGGAGACUUCAUUAUGACUAUGCAGACACUGAUAAAACACAGAGGCGUUUCUGUAGCAUAAAAACUAUUUGCACAUCAGAGGCAUAGAGUGUAAGAGUCUUAAUGUGAGAAACACAGAUUUGUGCUGUAUGAUCAUACUGUUUGAAACAAAUGCCUGAAGUCUGAA